GUUUUGGUCUACUAACGAUGAGUUUCUUGAAAUGAUUAACGCCCUUACCAAAGCGGAGCAGGACCACCUGUCGGACAACGACUGCGUGGUGGUGCUGCAGAAGACCAAGGGGCUGCUGCGGGCGAGGCUGGCCGUCGUGGAGGGCAUGCUGGCACCUGGGGGGCGUGACAAGAAGCUGAAGCGUGCCCGCCGCAUGGACCGGCAGAAGGCGGGCGGCGUGGUACAACUCCGCUUCCUGCAACCCAUGCCGCCGACUGGUGAUGGAGAGCUUGCCUACUUCAUGUCGCACAAGAUGACAGCGCGGUUGCAGAAGUUGGACGUGGCAAAGGUGGCCAUGGUUGUGUUCCUGGACAAGAAGCUGGCCGUGGACGGCGAGAAGGGCGGUCGCUACGCUGUGGACCCCGACCACGCCAAGGAGCUGCGCACGUACUGCCGUGAGGCGGGUGCGGUCCUGGACUGUGCUGACGGGUAUGAUGCGGACGCGGAGGCCACGGAGGCAGCGGCGGCACCUCCACCCCAGUCGGCCAGGCAGCGACAGCAGAAACUCAAAGCGCGGGUGGAUCCCCGCGCGCUGCAGGAGGUGGACGAUGUGCUAGCUGGAAAGGAGCCGCGCUUAAGCUCUCGUGGCCGGCGGAUCGUGCCCAGCGAGAAGGCGCGGCAGGGAGGGCCGUGAUGCUGCUCUGGGACGUAUGUGAGCGGGAGUGUGUACAUAUUUGCGACGGACUGAAGGAGAGCGAGUGUGGGUGCCGUAGUUGUUACCGCCCGUGCGUGCCUAUGUUUGCGUGCGGAGUGAGGUGUGGGAGUGAAGCGUGAGAAGAGAGGAGGGAAGAGGGGAGAGGAGAGGCGGGGAGAGGAGGGGAGCAAGGGGAGGAGGGGAGAGGAACGGAGACUUCUGAUCACGGCAGGGCAGGCAGUAGCAGUGUCCUGUAUGCGCCCAUGAAACGCCGGGUUUGCACGAUGGAUCUCGGGGCAUUCCAGACUGGAGAGAUAGCUAGACAUAGAACAAGACGAGGGGACUCAGCCCCACGAGAGGACCCAGCCCCACGAGGCGUGGCUGCCGCAGCUUGCCUGCACGCCUGCAGCAGCUUGUGUAAACACAUAAACAA